AUGACAGACCCAACCUCACCCAGUCCCUAUUCCGAGAACAAGAGAUUCGAACCCAAAGUCAAGGUCGAACUAGAUCCGCCAAAGGAUACUCCCAUCACCCUCGAAGAGCUGAGCACACACGACGGUACGAAUCCCGAUAAACCAACCUACGUCGCUAUAAAGGGAACCGUGUUCGAUGUCUCCAAGAACUCGGCAUACGGUGAAAAGGGUCAAUAUCAUGUCUUUGCUGGAAAAGACCCCUCUCGCGCCCUCGCGCUCUCGAGCUUGAAACCCGAAGACUGCGUUCCGGAAUGGGACGACCUCGACGACAAGUACAAGACCGUCCUGGACGAGUGGUAUACCUUUUUCAGCAAACGAUAUAACAUCGUGGGCAAGGUCAGUGGUUCUGAUGAUUCUUCCGAGUCUCACAAUAAACUUUGA